ACAUGGGCAGCGGCACCGUUGAAUGUCAUUAAUUGCCCAUCCAGAACAGAAUACAGUCGUAAACACAUCGCAAAUCGGCGACAUGGAAUUGUUUAAACAUUUCACGCUCUGCUUCGUCGUGUUCAGCUUCCUCUUCAUUAGUCACGUCACUUCCAGACCAGAACCUAAUGGAGCAUCGCCUUUAUUCGGAGGAUUCGCCGUGGACUCAUCCGAGGAGGAAGCGGGAUCGGGUAAUCCCGAACAAGAUCGCAAAAUGCUGACGGGCGAACUCAUCCGAAUGGAAAGGCAACUGGAUAUGGAUAUCGAGAAAAACGAUCACUACGAAAUCAGGUACGCUUUGCUCAACCUGGAAAUGAGGCUCAUGCCCAGGAUGGCCAGACUCUCGAGGGAAAUCGACGCCAGUCUAAUCAACACUGACCAACGAGCUGGAGAAAGAAAAUUCCAAAAAACACUACAGGAAGAUAUCGCUCGCAUGAUGUACAAAGCUGGCGCACGAGCUUGCCUAUCGCCGGAGGAGACCUUCUACGCCCCUCUGAAUAAAUGCCUGCCUUUCGGACCUAACGCUCUAGCAUCCAACCCGUGCAAGAAGAAGGAUCAGAUCCUCUACGACGGUAAAAACAACGAAGGAUCUUGCGAUUGCGUCGAAGAUGAAAGGCAACUCGUUUACUACAACGGCGAAUGCCAUCGCCAAAAUGUGCGCGGACCUUGCUUGCCCGGCUCUUGGUUGGUCAUGACCAAUUCGACUCCCACCUGUGAAAUCCUUCCCGCUAACUGCACGGCCGAUGGAAAACACGUUUACUGGAGCCCCGAUUCGGCCAAGGUUCCAGCCGAGUGCCACGUUAUGGGUCAGCGAGGACCUUGCAGUCUAGGUCAAAUCAUCACGCGGGACAAUUCCGGCAUAGUCAAAUGCAUUUUCCCUCCCGAACCCGAAGUGACUACUCCCGCACCGGUGGUUGGCGUCACUAGCAAAACUGGCGCAACUGGUCCAACAACUCCUACACCGACUACUGAAACACCCAUCUCUUCGGUUUGGGAUCGUCCUAGUUGUUCCCAGGGCAGUUACAGAAAUCAAAACAAGAGAUGUGCAAUUUAAACACGGGGGGUAUAAAA